AGUGAAUGACAAGACAACACAAAGGAGUUGAGACAUUUCUGAGACCAGGGAGGGUUUCAUGUUUAUAGUUGUACUGUACCGUCAGAAAACAGAGGACUCUACAUGAGAGGCAACACUCAUAAUGGAAUUUGCUUGUGGGUUUGUUUACGUUCCACCAACAGUGAAUCAGAAGGAUGGCCAGCGUAUCAUGAAACGCUCAGCUCUACUUCCUCCUGUUAACUGGAUCCGUCCUUGCACUCCUCCACCUCCUCCUCCAACGAGCUCUGCAGAAGCAAAAUCACCCAAAUACCACCAGUCUCAACCUAAGAUUAUUGAACAGUUGGAAAAAACCAAGGAAGUGAAGAAAGUGGUGAAGCCAUCUCCCUUCUAUGAAAACGCAGAAUUUCACAAAAAAACAGAGUUAGCGUCUUCCAUCAGUAAAUCUCCUCAGCACACACCGACACCUCCUCGAAAAACAGCUCUUCUUCCACCACACAUGCGGCCUUCAGUAAACAGCCAGUCUCUUCCUUUGAGCAACCCGCUCCCUUCCUCCAACACCAACAGCCAGAAAUUCACCUAUGACCUCCCUGAAAAAGAGCCAGACUUAAAUACACAACCCUGGGACCCAAACUACUCGUACACCACACCCGAAGGGGCCGGGGCUGCGGUGAGGCUGCCAGCUGACACCAGCAGCAUUUCAGCACAGGCGGCAGCACCACCUCUACCUCCAAGACCUUCAUUCAUGAUGUCAAUGCCAGAGUAUCUGGUGCUGUUACCAACAGCCCCUUCAUUAUCUUCAUCCUCUCAAAAAUCACCCUCAGACUCAUCCUGUUCACCAUCACCUUCAGGAUCUGCAGAUAAGAGUCUCCUGCCAGGGAACCCUAACGUGCUGCUUGUCAGUUUAGAAAAAAUGCUCUCAGAGGAACGAGUGCAGGCAAUGCUAGGAGAGCCCACCUCCUGCUCCCAGUGUGGCUCUGUGCUCGACUCCUGCUACGACAAUGUGGUUGCUUCAUGUUGUUUUUGUCAGUCCUGUGAGUCUACCAGCUCUCCCGGUACGCCACAGACUACGCUGACUGGUUACCAGGAUGGUCUCUUUGUGCUCUAUCCUAAUGAAAAGCUGCUGUGUGUUGCGGACACUCUGCUGCUCUUCUGCAUCGACAUCUCAGGCUCCAUGAGCAUCACCUCACAGGUGUUUGAGGGAGAGCAAGUUGUCCACAGAUCCAGACUCCAUUUUGUCCAGGGAGCCGUGCUGCAGUGUGUUCAAAGACUGAGUGAGCAACAACCGGACUUACGAGUGGGACUGAUCACCUUCAACAACCAGGUGACACUGCACGGCUAUGAGAAUUUCACUUCACAUUUCCUGAGCAGUGCUGAGUUGGCAGACUGCGACUAUCUGACAGAGGCUGCAGCCAAUUUUCCCAUCCCCCCUCCCCUCUCACAGACCAAGGACUACUUACAGAGACAAGUCCAGGGAUUAUCUGAAAGUGGGACCACAGCUCUUGGUCCAGCUGCUCUCUUGGCGAUUACAAUGGCCUCCAGACAGCCCGGGUCCAAGGUGAUUAUCUGUACAGAUGGGAAGGCCAACACAGAUUUGGGGAAUCUAGAGGUAGAGGACAAUGAUGCUCGCACCCUCCUCUCAUCCACCAUCUUCUACCAAGAGCUCGGAGAAUACGCUGCUAAUCAGGGUGUGACAGUGUCUGUGCUGUCUAUAGAGGGGACAGACUGCAGGCUGGACGAGCUGGGACGACUUGCUGAUCGCACAGGAGGGAAAGUGAUAAUAGCAAGUCCCAACAUGUUGCACCCAGAAUUUGAACACAUCAUAAAGAACAGCACCAUAGCUACACACUGUACUGUCACAUUACUGCUGCCUCAGUCACUGCGUGUGAAAGGAGAGAGGGAGUCAGGUCACAAAGCAACCAGAGAGGUGGGGAACGUGGACCCAAACACAGAGAUCACGUUCCAGUUUGGAGCAAAUGAACUGGACGCAGAAGUCCCAGCUCCAGCCUUUGGUAGCCGUGUUUCCAUCCAGCUGCAGGUCAGGUACAAACAGAGGAACGGACAGACGAUGCUCAGAGUGAUAACAUCAGACAGAGAAGUCACUGAUGACAGCUCGGCGGCCCUGUCCUCUCUCUCUUUGGCCAUCAUUCAGCUCAACUCGUCUCAGGCCAGUGCCGCUCUGGCCGUCAGAGGACGCUUCCUGGAUGCUAGGACUGAAGGCGAGCUGCAGAGGAAGCUGAUCGAGAGAGCAAUAGAGCAUAAUCGCAGUGCAGAAGACAAACAGACAUAUCAAGACUGGGUUAAAACAAUGGAACCAAUAUACAACAACAUACAUAAUUUUACAAGGAGAAAAUCAGUUGUUUCAGAUUCACAGUCUCUAACAGACGCUGGAGCAGCACUGCUCUACACCAUGAAGCACUGCAACAGAAAAUCCAUCUCAGUGAAGAACAAACAGAAACUCUGACCUCAAACUUUUUUUUGCUUUUUUGGAAGCAACACAUGUAUAACUGCUACAGUUUGAUUCUGAUUAUUUGGCUGAAAACCCUCAAAUAUUUCACAAUGUGAAUAAUGUAUUACAACGUAUCAACAUAAAACACUGCCAUAUGUCCCAUAAAGAUCUUGAAAAUGAUUCCACCCUUUGU